CACAUCUCUCAACUCAACUGCUUAUAUAUAUAUAUAUGUCCUCCGUUCCCCUCCUCCACACACACACACUCUCUCUCGAGCAUUUUCAACUCGAAAAAGUAGGUACAAGAAUGGAUAACCAGCAAGAGGGUCAUGAGCUUAUAUCCAUGACCUACACCUGGACAAUCGACUACUACUCUAAGCUCAAAACACGGAAACAUUACUCUGAUGGUUUUGUCGUUGGCGAUUUCAAAUGGCGGAUCGUGGUGUAUCCAAAAGGGAGCAAUGGGAGGCAAUACUUGUCCAUGUACUUGAAUGUUGCAGAUGCUUCAAAGUUACCAUCUGGGUGGCGUAGAUAUGCCGAGUUCUCCUUGACUGUCGUUAAUCAAUUUAACAGCGACAAAUCGAUAAGAAUAGACACUCAGCAUCAGUUCAGUGCAAAAAAAAGUGACUGGGGCUUCACAUCAUUCAUGCCUCUGAGUGAGCUUUUUGACCCGAAUGAAGGGUAUCUCGUGGAUGACACAUGUAUUGUUGAAGCUGAGGUUGCAGUCAGUAAAGCUGACAUUAAGGUUUUAAAAGACCAAGAAACUGCCUUUCUUGAGCAGGAACUUCAAAGUCAGUCUUCAGAUGUGGAUUCUGUGAAAUAUUCAGAUGCUUCAACCACACAUACAUCACUUUAUUAUGAACAGAUGCUUGCUUUUCAGGAUACCGCACUAAAUUCUGACCCUGUUCAACCAAAUGUUGAUUCUGUGAAAGUUCGAAGCUUGAAAAUAGAACCAAGAUCUGAUCAAGUGCUUCCUUACCAGGAGACUGAUAGCCCAGUUGGCCCUCCCAUAGUUGAGGACAACGAUGAAGUUCCCUCCACCCCACUGACGCCAGUUGGGGAGCUCGUAGAUUUCAGGGGAGUAGGGAAAGUAGAUAAAGCUUUUGUUCCACUACUGGAAGAAGUCUGUUCAUGGCAUCCUUCGUUGAUUAGCUGCCAGAGGAAAAGAAGUCGCAUGUAUAGUGGAUGGGCAUUCACAGCUUUGGGUCGACUAUUGCAUUUUCUGGACACUACAAAGGUUAAGGAUAUGAUGGAGGAUCCACGUGAGCAUGAUCCAUGUGAGCACCUUCAAGUUUUGUGGGAGGAGGUUGAGACCUUCAGAUUCGACUUGAGUUGGCUGGAGCCUUAUGUUCAAUCAGCUUUGGAAAUGAAGAAGUUUGGGGAGAGGGAAGGAGUAAUGAAGAAACUCAGAGAGGAUGUUGAUGCUUUGGAGACUGAAAUAAAGAGGUUAAGGGCGAUGCUAUCUGUUGCUGAGGAAGAUCACGCAGUUGCAAAAAGAAACCUGGCAAAGGCAGAGGAAAGCUUUGGUGAGGCAAAUUUGAACAGCAAGCUCGGUUAUGGGAGGCAUUAGCCUUGCUGUACGUUGAUAUGCAGAAAUUUGCAAUGUGUGCAAUAUCUAAAGAUAUGUAAUCCCAUUUUCCAAACGUAUAUCUAUGUAUGAGGCUGCCUGUGUCUUAAGCUCAAUAGAGGAGAAUAAAGGAAACUGGCUUAGCUUGUAAUCCAUAUUUGAACCCCAUUUCCUUUCUGGACCAAACCCUUCAGAGGCAGUGACAGGCAUUCUAGUAAAAACGCAUUAUUUACAGAUUUGGGAGUAAGCAGUGCUGAAUUGAAAUGUCGUGAUAGAUUUGUUAGCUUAAGACUUGGUUCUAAUAGUUAAUUAGAAUUUGGUCGCUAAAUUUGGAGGAAUUUGGUGCAUCAACCGGACUAUGACGAAUCACGAUCUUCUUCACAUUCGGAGCAUUCUCGAGAAUGUACUUUGCAAACUCAAUUUCACUAGACCCGCUGGAGAGGUCUAUGCUCAAAUCCUUCAGCUGGUAAACAAAAGUGAGGUUUUGCAAUUUUCAGUAUCCCAUAUGAAAUCUAGAUGAAGAAUGUAACUGCAACAUGGUAACAAGCAGUACAAUUUCUAGAAUAAAGGUAUGACAACUUAGAGAAAUGGACAACUACAUUUGAAUUAUAAUGACCUGAUUGAAGAAAUCAACAGGAAAUAUAUAGGAUUGAGGAAGACCAAGGCAAAGCAGAUUUUGACUUGCUAUAGAUUUUUUCAAUAGUUUGUCAUCCACCGUAGGCUGAAGAAGAAUGAGAGCUCUUUGCAAAUUCAGUAAUUUUCCCGGAUUGUGGCUAUUUCAAGACCUUGCCCACCCAUGUCACAGCUUGCAGAUUUGGAGCAAAAAUCUUCAAUGAGCAGUUCCAGGUGAAGAAUAAAAGUUUCAGUUUAUUUUAAUACUUUCAAGUUUCUCACCAGAGAGAGAUAUUAAGGUCGAUGAGGUCCAUACAAACUUAAAUGAUUCCAGCGACGAGCUUUGAAUGGUAAUAUGUUUCAUCCCUUUAACUUGAAUAAGCUGUAAAUGUAAUUCAUUAAUGCAUUUGCAGCUAGUUGAGUUUCACUUGCGAAACCUCUCAUCUAAUAUGUUUCAUCCCUUUAACUUGAAUAAGCUGUAAUUCCUUAAUGCAUUUGCAGCUAGAUGAGAUCCACUUGCAAAACCUCUCAUCUACUAUUUUAACAAAAGUCAACUGCAAGUAUUAGAGAUUGCAGGAAAAAGAUACUGGUGGUGCUUCAAGAGUCAUCUCAUUCAAGCAUUUCAAUACUGGAGACUUAAAAGAUUGUUAAUGAUAUAGGCAAGAUGGCAGCUCAAACGUGAAUCCACCACAUGCUGUGAACUUAAGGUCAAGCUCUUCAACAAUACACCUUACUGCAUUUUGAAUCCAUGAGUUUAUUCAAUAUUGCUCCUCAGACACUUUAUUUGCAGUGUCGUGUGUAAAGAAAUUCCAAUCAAUGUAGAAGCGCUGCAUCUUAUUAUCACCACGCUGAAACAGGUAUUUAUCACAGAAAAACAUCACCUUUGCUAUCUUGUGGUUGGUUUUUGCACAACUUGCAUCAAGGUUCACUAGUGGAACUGACAGAUAAAAUUCUCUGCAUCUUUUGGACACAAUACCUACACAAGCAAGAUCUUUGACACCGAGGAAGAAAAGAACAUGACGAGCAACUUCGUCAUAAGAACCCAAGUAUUUUAGUGCUCUAAUUAACUAGCCAUGCAUAAAAUUAUUCGCACAGAGGUGGGUGACGACAGAGAGGCAUGGCUGUAAAAAUGAAAAAGAAACACCCAGGUGGAAUCAAGAACCAAACUCUCUCUCUAUAUCUAGACCGCAACAGCAGAAUUAAGAUUCAUUCUGCAUUGGUAAACCUUUAUUUUAAUCAACGACAACAGCGAUUAGGGUUUUGGGGUUAGACGUAUAACUCAAAGACGGAGACGAUGGCCAACCGCUAGAGAUGACUCGCAAGCUCCUUAAGAGAAUAUAUAAGGGAAGACCAAGCGGCUGAGGAAGAUGGUGUUUUAGAGCAAUUGUUUUCAAGCUCUUAUUAGUGUUAAAAUUACACUCUUAACUGUUUACUGUAGUUACAAUGUUUUACUGCAGUGAAUUUUGUAUGGUCAAAUUAUAUGCCACCUGUAUGGCUCUGAUCAUCUUGAGUGUUGACUUAGAGAGAUGUUCUAAGCCUCACAAAUCAGUUGCUUUGCUUACAUAGCUAAGUGAGAGCAUGUCUCCAUUCUCUCUGCC